AUGGACCUGGAUCCGAAUGAGGAUGACAGUGUGGCUGACCUCAGUUUUGAGGCUGAGAGUCCUGUGGCGCCCCCUGAUGAGCUCCUGGAAGGACUCCCCAGCUAUGACUGGCUUCUUCAAGGGCGCGGAGGACAGGUCUUCUUUCCAUCCCUAGAGUCCCUGGGAAGGUGCCAGGAGCCUGCAUCUUGGUCCUCAGUCCUGGAGCAUAGCAGAGUCCCUGUGGUGACUGAGGAGGUGGCCCGGGAGGCCCUGGUCAGCUUCGUGAACUCUCAGUGUUGCUACAGCAGUGCGGCUGCUGGCAACAUCAUCAUCCAGGAGCUGAGACAGCAAACCCUCUGCAGGUAUCGCCUGGAGACCUUCAGUGAAUCCCGGGGCAGCGAGUGGACGUUUCAGCCCGUCACCAACCACUUGGUGGAUGGACCACAGAGAGGUGCCUCUCCCAGGCUCUGGGACAUGAAGGUCCAGGUGCCUCCGAUGUUUCAGGAAGACACCAGAAAGUUCCAAGUGCCUCAUUCCUCUCUGGUCAAGGAAUGCCACAAAUGCCACGGGCGUGGCCGCUAUAAGUGCAGCGGCUGCCACGGGGCCGGCAUGGUGAGGUGUUCGUCCUGCAGUGGUACCAAGCGAAAGGCCAGGCAGCCCCGGAGAUGCCACAUGUGUUCGGGAUCCGGCAGGCGCAGGUGCAGCACCUGCUCUGGGAGGGGGAACAAGACAUGUGCCACCUGCAAGGGGGAGAGGAAGCUGGAGCAUUUUGUCCAACUGGUCAUCAUGUGGAAGAACAGCCUGUUUGAGUUUGUGUCCCCACACCACCUCCACUGCCCCGGGGAGCUGCUUGCCAAAGCCAAAGGAGAAAACCUCUUCAGGGACGAGAAUGCCAUGGUGUACCCCAUUGUGGACUUUCCGCUGCGGGAUAUCUCUCUGGCCUCCCAGAGGGGCAUCGAGGAGCACAAUACCGCUCUGGCCUCCCGGAGUGCGCGCAUCCUUCAGCAGCGCCAGACCAUCGAGCUGAUCCCCAUCACAGAAGUUCACUACUGGUACCAAGGAAAGACUUCUGUCUACUACAUCUAUGGCACCGACCACCAGGUGUACGUGGCUGACUACCCCAAGCGAUACUGCUGUGGAUGCACAAUCCUCUGAUGGACAGAGCUGUCCCCA